CCGAAACGUCACUGUCAAAACCAUAAAAAUCUGAAUCGCAUGAAUUUCAUAAAAGUUUUGCAAUAAAAUUAUUGUAAUUUAAUUUAAAAAUAUUUGUACAAUAAACUAAAUCAUGAUUUUACUGACAUCCACACGACAACUAUUGUCCAACGCUAUAUACAGGAAUAGUAGACAUGCGAAUCUGAAUUUUCCAAUGCGAAACUUGAUGUCUAAACAACUUGUUUAUUGUGAGUUUGGAGAUCCUCUUGAAGUGGUGAAGUGUAGAGAGAGUAUAGUACCACCACUUGGCAAAACUGAUGUUUUAGUACGAAUGUUAGCUGCUCCCGUCAACCCGGCAGAUAUAAACACAAUUCAAGGAAGAACACCGAUAUUACCCCAACUACCACACGUUCCUGGAGAUGAAGGUGUCGGCAAUGUCGUUGAAGUUGGUCCCUUGGUUUCUAAAAUAAAAAUCGGAGAUAGAGUCGUGCUAAAUACGCGCCUACUCGGAACAUGGCGUUAUUACGGCAUUUACAACGAAAGAGACCUUUACGUAAUACCCCCCCAUAUAAAUCUUGCUGAUGCAGCUAUGCUCUCUAUAGCACCCUGUUCUGCCUACAGAAUGCUCAAAGACUACAUUAAACUACAACCAGGACAAACAGUCGUGCAAAACGGAGCCAAUAGUGCAGUCGGACAAAGUGUGAUACAGUUAUGUCGUGCUUGGGGAGUUAAUACUUUCAAUAUAGUAGCAAGUCAUUGCGGUUUCGAAGCGGUAAAGAAACAUCUCCUCAAUAUAGGAGCGACGUGUGUCCUUACAUUAGAAGAAGCUGAGGAACUAACUUGUUUUAAUACAUCAUUAAUUAGACCCAUUUUAGCCCUCAAUUGCUUAGGUGGUAGGCAUGAAAACGUUUUGCUCCAUCUGCUGAGACCAUAUGGGCAUGUAGUAUAUUAUGGAUGCGCUUACGAUCUUCCCUUAACUAAGAAAUGCAUACGCGGUGAUUUGACAUUUCAUAAAUUUAACCUGACCGAUUGGAUGGAAAAUAAGUCUGAUUUCUUAAAGAGACAAAUAAUGUUUACAGAUGUAACCCAACUCAUGGUAAUAGGAAAACACUGUCCUCCAAUUUAUGAGCACGUUGAGCUAAAAAAUUACAUUUAUGCUCUAAGAAGUACUGUGCAUUGUGAGGCUUUUUGCAACACUUAUUAUUUAUUUGAUUUUACUGUGCUCUAAAAAAUUUUUUUAUUGGAAUAUAAACUUAAAUUACAAC